AUGUUUGCAUAUCUAUCUAUCUAUCUAUCUAUCUAUCUAUCUAUCUAUCUCUUUUUUUUUAAUCAUUUCACCCCAAGCAAUGCAACAAUGCCCCUAGGACGCAAGGAAUCACUCGGAUUUUUCUUCUCUUGCCUCAUUCAAUGCGAAAAACCACUUCUUCCGAACCUUCUCCCAGAGGUGUCAGCAAAUGAAAAAGUCGAUCAUUGGCUGUGCGAUGUCCACGAUUAUAAACUGCACCAGCAUUUAAACCGGCAAAAAAUGCUCAAACGCGUGUCACGUCCGAGACCUAAAUCAUUAUUUUCCCCUCCAAGAAAUCAUUAUUUUCCCCCCAAGAAAUCAUUAUUUUCCCCUCCAAGAAAUCAUUAUUUCCCCCUCCAAGAAAUCAUUAUUUUAUCUUCCAAGAAAUCAUUAUUUUCCCCUCCAAGAAAUCAUUAUUUCCCCUCCAAGAAAUCAUUAUUUCCCCCACCCAAGAAAUCAUUAUUUUCCCCUCCAAGAAAUCAUUAUUUUCCCCUCCAAGAAAUCAUUAUCCACCCCCCACAAGAAAUCAUUAUUUCCCCCACCCAAGAAAUCAUUAUUUUCCCCUCCAAGAAAUCAUUAUUUUCCCCUCCAAGAAAUCAUUAUUUUUCCUUCCAAGAAAUCAUUAUUUUCCCCUCUAAGAAAUCAUUAUUCCCCCCACCCAAGAAAUCAUUAUUUUCCUCUCCAAGAAGUUAUCUUCUUCGUUGA